CGUCCAUUUCGCUGACGGCUUCCGAAAGCAAUUUUACAUGUAUCGGCAUUGCGCGGAACGAUCCGACAAAGCCGGUCGUGGAGAGACCUUUACUUCACUCUUCGGGCUUUAGACGGCUGGCGUUGUUUCUUACGGCGCGUAGCAUUAUUGUUAUGACUCGACGUGGCAGCUGCAACAGGAGCCGGUGAAAUACUUCUGCAAGAUAUCAGUCCGCGUGUAGUGCGUCCAUACUCGAUAGGGUGAUUGCGGACGGCACGUGGCCCCGUGGGACAUGUGGUUUGUUAUGGGCAACUCGCCACCGCGCUAAGGAAGAAGAGACGAAGAGGAAAGGAUUUCAAUCGUUGAGCUGUUACUGUCCAUCCACCGUUUUCGAUCUAGGCACUACCUGUACCGAUACCCACUUUAGACGCUACCCAUCGGCAGCAGGCGGCUGAAGCAGCAGGGCAGGAGAGGUCUGUUAUCACCAUCAUAAUUAUUUUGGACUUGUUCAGACUAGGAGCGGAUAGCUAGCGCCAAGCCCCGCACUCAUGGCCACCUUGCUAGCUACCAUUGCCGGUACAGUGAUUGCUUUGUGGGCUGCACACUGCUCACUGGCUGAACUAACACUGGGGCCUGGAGUAACGACGACGGCAGCAGCUGUGGUUAACGAUUGGCACUGCAUGCAUGCUCAAGACAAAGCAACCCACUGCAAGAAAAUCACGACCAUCUUGCCGACGAAGAAUGAAGUGCGGGCGGCUGCCCUUGCCUCAACUGUAGCACUGCGCUGUGUUGUGGAGACCAACGGUCCGUUCAACCCCAGUAGGCCUGUCAGUAUAUCGUGGUACUUCAUGGACGCAAAAGAUUAUCCAGGCCAUGGUAUCUUCAGUACUGAAAGGAAAUCUUGGGAGAUGUUGAACAAAACAUCUGGAAGACUCAUCUAUAACUCGUCAUUUAUACUGCACGGCUUAGACGAAACGGCGUAUGGUCUGUAUCGCUGCCUCGUGGACGACAGCAUCCAAACAGAAAACCGAUACUUCUUUGUGACUCCCAAAGAUUUUGACCUAACCAACAGGAACGAAAUUGGCGAGCUUCUUUCUAACAGUUUCAUUACAGAAAUUGAACAACUUUCGGCUAAAACUAACUACACUGUGUUGUUCGACUGCUACAAUCCAAACACACCUGAUGAGUCCCUGUCCUGGCGUGGUCCGGACGGGAAGACCAUUGAAGAUUACACCACGAAUUCCAGCUUCCGUAGAGUGGCCUAUCAGACAUACCUUAAUUAUAUCCAGUUUCCCGUCGAGAGACACGCGGAUGGCAGUGUAUCACCUAUCGCGCCUGAGUUUGUGCUGCAGGCACACAGCAUAUUGCUGUACAUUGAUACCACGUACUUCAGCAGGCCAGGGACGUUCUUUUGCAACAGCACCUCGUUCCCCGGGAACAAGUUUCUGAUAUUGAAUACUACCUCCAAUUCAAGACCUUUUCCGCGGCCACCUGUCGUCAGUUUGUUUCCCAGUGUCUACGAGGUACUGGAGUCAUUCGUGACGACGCGCCUGUAUUGCAAUGCGUCCGUCUCAUCGGAUGCAGAGCGCCCGCUAAGCUUCCACUGGGACUUUUACUCGGAGGAGGAGGGUCGCGUAUUUUCGGCCAAGAAGAGGUUCACUAACAUCCAGGUUGUGCCGGACACGAACGUGUCGGACCCUGCAGUUACCCAGAGCACUCUGAUCAUUGACCGAGUAGCGGAGUCAUCAGAGGGAACGUAUGUGUGUAAGGUCACGAACUCCUACGGCCUAUCCAGUUCAAACCGCGUCUUACUUGACGUCACUGUACCGAAUCAUGACCCUCCCGUGUACCUGGAGCCGCUUCAGCAGCUGACGUACAAACGCGUCCAGAUCGCUGAGCCGCUCAGCAUUGUAUGCAGCCUGCACGGCGGCGUCACGCUGUCCACCGUGAUGCGUCUCCAAACACCCGAUGGACGCGUGGUGAACUUGUCAAAGCAUCCGGAAUUCUCGGAAAGGUACUACUCAGAAACUGCCGCAAGGUCGUUUAUCUGGAGAAGAUUGCGAUUCCACGUGGACAGAGCCAAUGAGUCGAUAGCUGGCAAUUACACCUGCACAGCUACGAACUUAAAUGGAGUCAGGACACGCACGAUUAUCGCCGAUGUCCAACGUGUUCGGCCUUCUGUUGAAGUGCUCGCGGCGAAUGCAUCAAACAGCUCAGUCGCCCGCAGCGGCCCUACGUUCUACCUGGCUCCCGGUGCCUUCCAACUGAUACUCACCUGCAUCCUGACGCAGCGUAUCUUUGUGACGGUAUCACUUCAGUGGCAGUACAAUGAUCGAGAUGGAGCUGCAAGGGUGCUGCAAGGUGCGCGCACCAUAGUUGAUGACAGCGGCGUGUGUGAUGUCUCCCUGAAUGCAAGCAAUGCGGGACACGAUCAGCGAAGCUACUGGUUUUCGUCACUUUCUUUGGUCUCGAACUGCACCACACUCCCGCUCAACUUCACCUGCACCGCCUGGAACGAUGCAGGCGGAGACCGUGAAAGCGUGACGAUUGCUGCUGGAAGUGCAUUGCGGUCAGCUGACCAGGUAAAUCCAGGCGAUGGCGGCAGCAGUGGUGGAGAUAUGGCCACGACGUCUUUUCAACCGAUGGCGAAUGUGGCCUCAGGCCAGAGUGUAACCAUUGGCACGGUGCGGGUCACUGCCUGGCCCCCACCGACCAUCGAACUCACCAGGUUGAACAUGUCUACUGCGUCACCCACUGGUCUUCCCACUACGCGAUCGCAUCAACUCAAGGCCGCAAGCGAAACGGUCAAAGUUGCCGGCUUUGACGUGUCUGUUGUGUACACCCCUCCAGCGCAAUCGUCUUCAACUGCAUCACGAGGUGCGCCGCUGCCAGCGAUGUGGGCCAUCACAUUAGCCAUGGCCAGCGCCGAGGAAACCUCCGCUGGAGCUUGGAGCUUUGUGGCAAGCAACCUUCUUGGCGAACUGCGCCGAGAGUUUGUCCUUUCCGUCACCGGGUCUAAUCUACUGGCAGUGACUCCUGAAGCGCAACGCUCCUCUGGCGGUUCAGAAGUAGUGCUCACAACCAUUGUGCCUAUCACUGGGUCUUUGGCUCUCCUGGUCAUCAUUGCUGCUGUAAUCAUCCACUGCCAGACAAAGAAGGCAAAACGGGUUAUGGAAAGAACGAGCUCAGUGAUGGCGGAAAGGGAGCUGAUAAAGCGGAGCAGCAGCCUCUCCAUGUUUGACAUGUCCCUGUCCGUUAGCACUGCUGACCAGCUGAGCGUGCACAUGCCACUGGUACCGCUGCCUUCACUCGAUCCCGAGUGGGAUUUCCCAUCGGACCAGCUUAGCCAACCCAUCGAGAUUGGCCGUGGAGCGUUCGGUGUAGUCUACAAGGCAAUGGCGACGAGGAUUGUCGAUGGCGAUGAAGUCACCGAGGUGGCCCUCAAAUGCUCCAAGGAUGUGAUGCUUGGUGAUUCGGAGACACAUCGCAGAGCAGCGCGUGACCUUGUCCAUGAGAUGACGGUGCUGAAAUCUAUGGGAAGGAAUGCCCAUCCAAACGUUCUGAGCUUGCUCAAAACCUGCACAGAUAAUGGUCAUCUGGUACUGAUCAUGGAAUUCUGCUCGAAGGGAAAUCUUUUGCACUUCCUGAGAAAGCGGAGGGGCCACCUGGGCUUCGGUGGUGCGCAAACAAUGAGCAUGAGUUUGUCUCUGGAUUCAAUUUCUGACCAGUCCUCUCCCAGCCAUACAUCUGACCAAAGGUCGCUGGCAUCUGACCGUGAAAGCACUGGACCAUCGAGGCCAGCCAGUGUGCGGCGUUCACAUUCGCAAAACGGCUGCACUCUACCGGCUAAAGAGGAUGUGUUGCGCCCGCUGGACUUCUACCAUUUCUCAGCCCAAAUUGCAUCUGGUAUGGCCUUUCUUGCCAAGCACAAGUGCGUGCAUCGGGAUCUAGCCGCUCGGAACAUCCUCAUCAGCGAGGACUUUGUACUCAAGGUGUCCGACUUUGGUCUGGCACGGUCGGUGGCGGAUGAUGAUCACUACAUGCCGUCUGGAUCAAAGUGUGUGCCAGUCAAGUGGAUCGCCAUCGAGUCUCUGUUUGAUGGCAUCUACACACUUCACAGUGACAUAUGGUCGUUUGGUAUCUUGCUCUGGGAGAUUGCCAGCCUUGGUUGCAACCCCUACCCGGGCGUGGAUAGCCUCUUCCAAUUCCUAAUGGAUGGGAAGCGGAUGGACAAACCCGACGGCUGUCCUGAUGAAAUGUUUGAAUUGAUGCAUCAGUGUUGGAAAACAGACCCUGCUUCGAGGCCACCGUUUGACAAAGUUCAGAGGUUUCUGGUGCUCAAAGAGAAACAAUGCCGAGCGAGUGAAGAGAGUCUUGGCUACUUGGAAGUACAAGCUGGUGGCGGGGCGCUGGACAUAUGCAAUGAUGACUCGGACAAGGACAUGCCAAGCAAUGCAUUCGAACGAGCCUCAGCUUUCGCAGAUGCCGACAGCGUGGCCACUAUCCAGGUAGCAAGUAAUCUCCAUGCUGUGGUAGCUCCUAGUGCCAACCAGAGUACUGGGCAGCCGUUGAUGUCCUCCACUUCUACUCCAAGCAGUCAACAUGAUAUUGAACAUGUCACCACCAACAACACCUCCAACACCUCCAAUACCAACAACAACACCUCCAACAACACCUCCAAUACCAACACCAACACCACCUCCAACACCUCCAACAGCACCACGGACACCUCCAACACCACCAGGGCAACCACCAACACCUCUACCAACACCAGCACUGCUGUCACAAGAGUCAACAUGCCGCAAGAAGCCAUGGGGCGGUCCAGCAAAUCACUGGCAGCUAAGUCAAGCAAGCAAAGCAAGCAUGUCACUGGAUCUCAAGGGGCAGUACCCAAGUCCAAACAUAGUGCACAAUACGCUGUGAUCUCAGGACCACCCAGGCAAGCAGCCAAGUCAGCCGUGCGAAAGACACCCAAGGUCAGUGCAGUGCCAUUGCCAAGCCUGCCGGAGACCGACGAACCCGAUGACGGCAGUUGCUCGGCCACAUCAAAGGGGGCAAUCUCAUCGGAAAGGGACGCCCAGGCGUCACCGAGUCACGUCAGACUUGAAUGGCUCGAAGCAGAUGACCUGGACAUCGCCGAGGUCUAGUAGUGAUCAAUAUCCUGGAUAUGGGUCACCCGCGGCCCCAGGUCAGUAGUGUUUGAUAUGGGUCACCCGCGGCCCCAGGUUAGUAGCGUUUGCUUUCCGCAAAGCACUGUUUCCAUUCUUUGCCAGACAGCUGACUGGGGAUACACAUGUUCAGCACAGCGAGCCUUAAAGAGCAGUCCACGGGACCACCAGCUUGUUAGUCCGAUCACCAAGUAGUCCAAGUGGAUGAUAAGGCUGCCGCAUCACCACAAACAUAUUGUGCGCUUGGUGACUACACUGAACACAGUGACACUAUCCACUUGACUGCCUGGACACUGCACUAGAUGUCCCGCAUGAGUCAGUUGGUGCACGCGAACCAGAAAAGCUGCAAGGCGGCAUAUCACUUCCGAGCUGUGUGCUCCGAAUCUCACUUAUGACCGCCAGCAUGCAGAGGAGGAGUACGGCGCAUAUGUAACCUGUUUAGUUCUCAGUACUGGAUGGGCUCAUGUGCGCUAUAUAUCGCAUAGUUGUGGCAGCAGAUUAUCCCCUCACACUUACUAUGCCUGUCUCUUGGAGAUCAUUGCCAGUUCAAGAUCGUGUCUGCAGAGAGUAUGCAUGCAGCCUGCUACUCUAAAGUACAUGCUUGCUUGCAAGUGUGUCACGAGUGCGUGCAGAAGAGCCAUACAGCAGUUCGAACCGAGGUUCUGCAGAUGACUGAAUCGAUACUCGUGCCAAGGCUUGGAGCAAUUUUAUUUCCGAAUGACAUUAUGUACUGCCGUUGUAUUGUAGCUGCUUUUCCUUCACCGUGUGUGUGUGUGUGUGUGUGUGUGUGUGUGUGCGUGCGUGUGUGCGUGCGUGUGUGCGUGCGCGCACACAAACGCAGCAACAUUGACCAGCGUGUGCACGACAAACACACCGUUUACGCGCAGGCACCAAACAUUAUGAUUACUUGUAUAAUGUUCUCUUUAGCUCUUGGUGACUACAUGGUGAUAGGACAUUCACACCUUUGUGUUUUGCUUUCUCAUCAGCCGCACUGCAUUUUCGGGGCUGUCCCCAAGCUACCAGUUACUUGUCCCUGGUAUGAACACA